AUGAUGCAGCUUAGAACGCCUUUAGUAGAAAGGCCGAAGAAAACACAUACUCCACCAAGCGGCGAUAGGAACACUCCAUCUUCAUCCUCGAAGUUCUUGAAGGAUGUUACUGGAAAGGGAUUUAGAAAGAUUAGCACCAGGUUGUCACGUACUACACCUACUGACUCUACUAUCACUUUGUCACCGGAAGUAGAAUACGUGGAAACAUUUCCAGAAAUACCUAACGAGCCGAGUAAAAAGAUAAAGGGGCAACUCGACUUUUUCAAGAAACGGCCAACGCCUUUAAACCUUUCUCCAUUGACACCUCCAUCCAGUCUGAAAAAGAAAUCUGUCUGUGAUCAGAAAGAUGCAGAUCUUGCUAAACUGGAGUCUCCAAUUGAAUUGAAGUUUGAUAACUCAAAGAAAAAUGCUAGACGUCCAGCUCCCCCUAUGGAGCAAAGUAUUCUAUCCUUCCAUUCGAAUUUAUUUGAUCCACAUUAUUCUUUCACAGCAGAUGCUGAUAGUAAGCCAUUCGGAUUGGGGCUAUAUGAUGAGGUUUCUUCUCCAACUUGUAUGAUGCAGAUGCAAAGAAAUAUAAGAAAAGCCAGUGCAACCAAGAGAUAUAAUACUUGCACAUGUUCUGUCUGCCAAGAGAAGAUUCAGAAUUUACUCGGUGGUGAAAGGAUUAUUGAACUCGAAUGCAGCCAUCAGUGUCACAUGGACUGUUUCACUGCAAUGAUGGAUUCAACCACCUUUAAGCCCCCUAUUUGUCAACUAUGCGGUAAAAGAUCAAACUCAUUGGAUGAGCAGGUAACUCAGGAUCUAGUACUGAGGAAGAUGAAGGAAAUCACAAAAGGAAGAAGCAACAGUGAAAGCACCUUGUUUGACCGAGGCUUUAAUACUGCUACUAAAAUUUCGGAUGAUACCGUAUUGCAGACACUGACGGCCGAUACUAGAACAUCAGAAACCAGCACAGAAUUGUCAGGCAGAAAAUUGGUAACCCCCCGGAGUCAAUUGAUUCGAACCGCACAAUUAUCAUCUAAUGGAUUCCGAGACGUAUUUGAUAUGUUGGAUGAAAAAUUUGAUAUUUCGACACCAAGGCAGUCAAUUUCGGUAGAUCCAUUGGACAUUGAGUCAAAGCCAAAAGAUAAAUUACGUGUAAGUAUUUGCCCAAAGUUGAAUAAAUACACUGUUAAUGAACAAAGUUCAAAAAUAAUCCUCCCGCAUUUACUAAGUGUCCAUUUACCCAAGGAGGACGAUAUGAAUGAAAUCAGAUCUGUUCAAGUCAUCCUGUGUAUCAGUGCUGUGAAUAGCAACACGGCGCAUCAAAGUAAAGAAUCGUACCUAGCGCAUAUUAAAAAUAUCGUUCGAAAAGUAUUGAGUUCGUUGAAAAAAGAUGAAUACCUAGGCUUGAUCAUUGUUGGUAGGGAUGGAAAUGGGCGUUCCGGAUGCAGGGGUACUUUUUAUGGAUUUGUCUCGAAUACAUGGGACGGCUGGGAUGAGAUUUUAGCUGGGUUGAAAAUCAUCGAUAAUACUGAAGAAAUGAUAUUCCCAAACCCCAUAUGGGAAGCUAAGGAAAUGUUACAAACUGUGGAAAGAUUGAUGUUAACCGCGAUAGAUUUAGACGAAGCAGAAGUCAGACACUUGAUAAUAUUGAGUGGCACUCAUGACACAGACAGGAGGAUCACCAAGUUAGAAGAUAAUUUGUAUGAACAAAAAGUUGAGCAGUUACUUGAAAAAAUGAUGAACAAAUACCAUUGCUCUGUAUCACAGUGGAUCAGUGAGGAUGAAAUGAAACCAUUAUUGUUGCAGGACUAUACGCCCCAAUGGCAAUAUAGCGUAUACACAGAAUUUUUCAAUAAGAAUUCCUGCCAUGUAGAACAAUACAUCUCGAAGCUCCGCAGGGUACCACUUGAUACGGUUUCAAUCACUCUUCAACCCUGCGAUACAGAUAUUGUCAAGAUUCACACGAUGUAUUUUAACGGAUCGCUUUUCCCAUGUGAGGGAGGAGACAAAGAGGCAAUUGAGUUGAAAUUGGGCCCGUUUGGGUAUGGAGACUUUAAGUCCAUUAUAGUGGAAGUUGAGGUCGACGUUCCAAAGAUACAAAAAUGGAAAGAGGAAACGGGAAGCAGCAUAUCUUUGUUAGGAUACAGAACGUCCCAGGAUCCCGGUGUAUUUGGAGUGAGCAGUACUGUUUCUAUCGAAUUACAUCCGACCUGUUCAUCUCCAGCACUGAGUCAAACAACGUCGCUUUUCCAUAUAGCUGAUGCCGACACUGAUGCCGAUCCCGAUGCAGAGGCAGAAACCAGUUGUGCUAGCCUGUUCCUUGAUUUACCGUUAGUGCCCCCAUCAUCACCAUCUUGUGACUCGUUAUUUGUGACCAGACAGAUACAACUUAUGGUGAUUGAAUCGCUAAGGAAACUAACCACCGACACGGUCAACAAGACAGUUCCUGAGACAACAAUCAGGGAACUAACAAGCGUUGUGUUUGGAAUGAGUAGAGAUUGUACGUCAAUGAAUUUACAGUACUACGACGAAAUAGGGCAUGAGAAUAAGCUAGAGAACCACAUCGAACUGUUGACACAACGAUUAGAGCAGAUAUUGCACCACAAUAACCCGAAAAUUAUGAUGCAUAAGCUCAUUCAGUGGCUACUGUAA